AUGGUUAACUCCAUUGUUGUCCUAUUGAAAACAUAUUGGACGACUUCCGCUCUCGCCGGGGUCAAGCAAUAUUCACAACAGCAACAACAACUACAACUUCAGCAACAACACAAUUUCAACCAUCAAAUAAAAAAUCACUUCCAACAAGCCAAAGAAACAAGCCCACCAAAUCUUUCUCCCUUUGUAGUUUCUCCGACACAACAACGACACCUGCAACAACAACAACAACAAAAACAACAACCUCACCAGAUAGCACCAACAAUGCCUCUGCUCCAGCCGACAUCCGCAGCAUCACAUCGUCCCCAGAAUCUGCCACUUUUUCUCAACCACUCCAACUUCACAAAAAAUCUUCCCAUGGCCUACAUAUCCGUUCUACAGCAAAACAUGCUGACAGCCAUGACGGCGGCCAUGACUAGUGGCUACGGUGGCAGACUCCCCUACUUCAACAACGGCAUCAACACCUUCCUUCCUCACAACUUCACCACAUUCAAAAGUUCAAGUAAUGGUUUUAGCAGAAGUCCAUACGCCGCUGACACGACCACCAACACCGCCAGUACGACAACCACAACUUCCGCAGCUGCAAAUUUAGCAGACCCAACCACAGACGACAAAAACAUGAACAAUGUCGUGGAUGGGUGGGCGAAGAGCAUUAACAAUAACAACAUCAAUAAUAACAUGGAAAAUAACAACAAAAACAAUAAUACAACUGCUAACAACAGCAACAACAGCAGCAACAACAGUAGCAACAACAGCAGCAGCAGAUACAAAUCCAUGUUCUCGGGCAAGUAUUCCAACUUGGACUGCAUGGAAUUCAUCUCGAAAGCCACCAGCGGCACUACCAACAACACCAACAAGAACAACAAAUCAACCACAACAACAUUCAGUCUAAAAUAG